AUAACGAUAGGACCGAUAACGAUAGGAGACUUGUUUUCAUUUGUUUAAUGUAAUAUACAAUACAAAGUAAUUGUUUUGAUUGCAUGAGAAUGUACGACGCGUUGGAACGCUGCCCAGGAGCCUACUGCGGACGAUCACCGCUUGGAAAUAACAGCUGGAGCAGCUGCGGGGUCUGUCCCCGGGGAUCACGGGUGAACCAAAGCUUCGCCUGCUCUCCAUGCCGCGACGAGUUAACCACAUACUCUUGGCUAUACCUGGGAUUCAUGACCAUGCUGCCCCUGAUGAUGCACUGCUUUUUUAUAGACAUGGACGCCAAGGAUCGCAAGUUUUCCCGCAAGCAACUGAUCCUGACGGCCAGCGCUUUCGUUGAGGUGGCCAUAUCUGCUAUUCUAGCCACUUUGUUGAUGGAGCCCAUGUGGGAGCUGCGACUCUACGCCUGUGAUGUUCGGAAACUUACUGACUGGUACACAUUGUUCUACAAUCCCAGCCCAAAUUAUGAGGCACGAGUCUACUGCACCCAGGAGGCAGUUUACCCAUUGCAAACCAUUGUGCUGGUUUUCUACUUUCUGUGUCUGGUAAACAUGUUUCUUAUACGACCGCUGGUCAGCAAAGUUAUGGAUGUGGGGGGCAGAAGCAAGGCGCCUAUUUACUCGGCUCUUUACUUCCUGCCCCUGCUUACCUUUAUCCAUGCGUUGGGAUGUGGGUUGAUCUAUUACUCUUUUCCCUACCUUAGCGUGGCCAUAUCCAUGGUGGCCAAUGCCAUCCACUAUUCCCUCAAACUGGAUCAAACCCUGAAGGCAUUGGUUCACUCCUCGGUGUGGGAGUUGAAAAACGUGGUCAUUAUAGCUGUGCACUGGAUGUUGCUGGCCUACGGCCUCACCUCCCUGAAUUACCACUAUGCCUUUAUGUGCUUGGUGCCCUUUCCCACACUGUUCUACAUUCUGACCGUACGUUUCACGGAUCCGGCGGAGUUCCGGGAGUUGGAGUCGAGAAUUUGAUGCGGCGACUUGCAGAUGCAAAUUUUCCACGCCCGGGAAACUCGUCGAUCGACUGUUGUUAUCUAUGUGUAGUGUACGCGUCUUUUAAUUUAUUUACAUUUAGUGCGUAGGUCAGACUCGGACCUGUUCCGAAUAUAAGGCAUCUAUCAGUGCAGCUCUGUAAAACACUUCAAUUGAUAAUUCGAACCAUAACAAUGCUAUCAAAAAUCUUUUCAAAGAUAAGUCAGGAGCAGGUCCUCUUAAGUGUAUCGUCGCAUAAUCUUAAUCCAUUCAUCGUUCUUUUCGUUUUAAUUAUAUUUCACAUUAAUUAUACACAUAUAGUAAUAUUAAAUACAAAUCAUCAGUUUCCCAUCUCUAAAAUAGUUUUUACACAAUACAUAUUGCUACAUAUUGGAUUUUGAUGCCGCAUUUCGCGUUUCACGUUCAGAUCCUGCGUUCAACAUGCCGAUUUUUCGCGGUCGUGUUUCAGUGUGUGAAGUCGGGGGCAUCGUAGUCGUCAUUGUCGUCUUCGUCGUAAUAUUCCCAUAUCGCAAGUCGUAGAAAAAACAGAAGUCAAGGACAGGAUGCAGCGGAUGAACGUCGGAGUAUAAAUAAAAUCAAUACUAGCCAAGAGAAUUAAAAAUGUGAUAAACGCAA